ACUUAACUGGGCAUUAUAACUAGAGUGGACCAACAGGACAGCAGUCAAAUGGGUCAGUGCUGAGGCUGAUACAGGCAAACAACCCAGGAGAAGAGCAGCAGCAACAGCAGCAGCAGAGGCACCCUCCUCAGUAAACAGCAUCUGCAAGCGCUCUCCCCAAGUGAGCCAUGGCUGCAAGUGGAGACGUCAGGCUCCUCUGCUGGACCGUUGUUUUCCUCUCUCUCUGCUAUAUGGUGCGUGGAGGGGACCAGGCUGUGGACUGCUGCCUGAGGGUCAGCAAGAACAAGAUCCCUGUAACGAUUCUGGCCAGUUACUGGACCCAGAACAAAGACCAGGGCUGCAAUAUUAACGCCGUUGUGUUCAUCACUGAGAAGGGGCGUCAGCUUUGUGCCCCCCCUGAUGCUCACUGGGUGAGAAGGAGGAUGGCCAAAUUGGAUGCCAGGGUGAAAUGUCGAGAAAACAAUUUCAUGGGCGACGAGUGCAAAGGAAGGAAUUAGAGGAGAUAAUCAGCUCGAUCUCCAUCUCCUUGCAUCACUUGGGAAAAAAACAUUUGAUAGUGAUCAUGACAAGUAAUCUUCUGAGGGUUUAUCUCACUUUCCAAGCCUUUCUGUCUUGAGUCUCUUUUUUUAUCUGGUUUCAUACACUGUCAAGAGUGAAGUAUGCUGAUUAACCUGAUGAUAUAUUGUAUUUGUUGAAAGGGGUUGUUUUUUUCUGCAGCAGUAUUUUCAUCCGGAGAAAUGAAUUGUGUUUUUAAAGCCAGUAGUUUGGGUAAAUUGAGGAGGAAACUUUUCACUGUGUGCUUCAAGAUAGAUUCAAUAAAGAUAAAUGAAUGUAUUUUUUAUGUGAUGUAUUUUGUCAAGUUUUCAGGACAUCAGUGUCACUGUAACACAAUGAAGAAUCCUGUCUAUAGAUAAAGCUAAACUAUUUUCAUUUACUAAGCUAUGUGAAAAAUAAAUCAGAACUAUCAAAUGCAAAAA